AUGAUCAUGGAGCAGUACGUCACAACUUUCAGCGCCACAGGUCGCCAGCCAAAAGAGACAUGUAAGCAGUGCCGCUUUCGCAAGGUCCGCUGCGACGGAACGCGUGGAGAUAAAGGCUGCGGUGACUGCGACAGGCUCAAAUUUGCCUGCUCGUUUGUCACACCUCUGCCACCACCAACGCCGACGUCGACGACAGAGGGCGAGCCCUCUGACCAUCCAAGUCCUACGUCGGAUAGGCCCGUGGAGCGGCGGAGGACGAGCAAAGCCUGCAUUGCAUGCCGCCAACACAAGGUCCGCUGCUCAGGCGGCACGCCUUGUCUGGCCUGCAAGAAGAGAGUAGUUACUUGUGUCUAUGGCACAGAUGGUCGACGAAAAAGUAGCCGUACCACCACCGGACCAGGGAGCACAGCUGGGACGCCUACGGAUUCGGUGUUUCCAGCUGCGGCUGAAAGCACGACCAGCACCGAGGACGCAUCGAGUGCAUCACCAACACCGACGACGCCAGGGACUACGAGUAUAGAGGUAGCAACUGUCUCGGUCUCGCAGCCACCCCAAGUACCAUCGCUACUCCCUCCUGACAUGCAAGUGCUCGUGGAAUUCUACUUUGCUCACGUCUACCCCCUGUCCUCAUAUGCCUUCCUUCACCCACAGACAACCAUCCGACAAUGCAGCAAUGGCCAGCUAGAGACUAGCUUGUCGUAUGCCAUUGCAGCUGUUGCCAGCUACCAUCGGGGCUCUCCACAGCGCAGAGAGCAGGCUGAGCUGUCGUGGGUACAAGCCGCGGAAGACCUGAUUUGGAAACAUCUCGAGUCUCCGUCCGUGCCGCGUCUGCAGUCACUGCUCCUGAUCAUCCUCUACAGGGUAGAGACUGGUGCAUUCCAGCGAGCCUUCAUGUUGUCGGCCCUAGCAGCCCGUGCUGCAGCUGCAAUGCGGCUCAACCACGAACGCGAGGGGUCUACAGGGAGCAGGACGUCGCAGGAGGUGAGGAGGCGCGUGAUGUGGAGCCUAAAACUGGUCGAGCGAUACUUCUCGACAGGACUACCGGAAUUCGAACUUUGCCCCGUGGAGAACGUCUACCUCGAGCUGCCCUGCUGGGAACAGGAAUUCAGCGACACGCGGACGGACAGCACGGAACGGACACUCCAAACUUGCGACUUCGGCUCUUAUCAUCUAUGUGUACGCCUGGAGAUGCUACGGCGAGACCUCAUGAAGCUCAAUCGGUCCCUCUCCCUGUGUGAUACGACGUUCCCACAAUUAUCGACGGUGAUGCACGACUUCGAGCAGCACCUCGCACGUAUAGGGGCCGAACUUCCUGGUGGACCGACCCUAACUGCCGAGAGGAUAUCUGGGCUCCUCGACAGCCCCUGGCUGCCUCGCCAGAUCCUAGUCCACCUUUCCUUCCACCACUCUCAAUGCGACCUCUACCGUCUUCUCGUCAGGAACUACCGCGAGGCGGCUCCGGCUGUGGUGCUUGACGCAGUGGAGCCCAUCCUCCUGGAGAAAGCCGAGCAGCUCUGCCUCCAGCACGCGACCGCCAUCGUCGACAUUCUCGCCACACUAAAUCAAGUCAGCCAAAAGGCCCAGCCGCUGGAAUUCGACACCGCCAUCUGCGGAUAUCACGCGACACGGAUACUCCUCUUCAUCGCACAAUUCUCCCGGUCACCCGACAAGCCCUCCGAGGAGUGGGCCCUGAGCCGAGCCGAGCUGUGCCUCGCCGCACUGCGGCGCUUCUUCCCGUCGAGCAGGCUCGCGAGACCAGUCCUUGAGGAGAUGAAGAGGGCCAUCUCGGUCUUCUCCACCAGAGGCGCUGCCACCGUCCCGAGCAGGCUUGCAAGCCCUGGGCCCGCGGCUGGUGGCGGGAAGGACCCCAGUGCGGGCCUGAGUGCCGCAGCGAGGGUGCGUCAGAGGCUGGCUAUACACAGCCUCCUGCGGCAGGCGGACUUUGCUGAAGAUGAUGAGCCCUCGUCGCCGGAAGAAAUCCGGAGGGGCAGCGUGGCCGCCGGCGCUGCGAUCGCGUCGAAGGAGACCAGUCCACGACUACCGGGUAUAGCGUCGUUGGAAAUGCCAACGGUGCCGCCGUCAACGGGGUUUAUAUUGUCUCCGAGGAGGACAUCGUCGCCCUCAGAUGGGGGAGGAAGUGAGCCGUGGCAGUCGGGCUGGCUCGACAAUGGCUUCUCGGCCGACCGGUGGGACUCGAAACCCCAUGCUGGUGGUGGGCCGCCGAGCUUUUCUUUCCCGUGGCUUCAGAGAUGGGAGGGCGCACCUACAGUGGCGGGGGAAAUGAUGGGUUAG